AUGUUAAGAUUAUUUUGUAAAUUCCGACAAUUUAAAUUUUCUACAACAUAAUUUGAUCCCUAUGUUGAAUUAGGGCUUAAUUCUUCAGCUACAAUGUAGGAAAUAAAAGAUGCGUAUAUUAAAUUGAGUAAAUAAUGUAAGAAAUAUAAUUAUUCUUUAAGAUCAUCCUGAUAUUAAUAAAUAACAUGAUUCUCAUGAAAAAUUUAAAAGAAUUGCAGAGGCAUACAAUAUUCUGAAGAAAACUAAAUUUGAAGAGUAAAUGAAAGAGGAGUUUAAAUAAUAUUAUUAUUCUGCGUAAUCUGAAGAAUAAUUAUUUAAGGAAAUAUUUGGCUUUUAUUUUCAUGAGAACCCAUAAGAAUAUUAUAAGCCUGAAAAUGCUGAUAAAAGACAUUAAUAUUAAGAAAUGCUAAAAAAAUUUAAGUAAUCAAGAAAUACAGCAUAUGAUUCUCAGGCAGAUUCUUCCUAUCGUAAACAAGAUUUUUCAGAUAUAAAAAUUAAUAGGAAGUUUGAAGGUCAAUAAGGAACAAAAACAAAUCCUUAAAAUAUUUAUACUUUAAUUGCUUUUUGUAGUAUAACAAUGGGUGGGAUUGCCUUUUAUAUAACUAUGUUGAGAAAGGCUCCAGAAUUACAAAAAGAAGUAAUUAACAAUAAAUAAAUUAAUGUCUUACGAUAAUAAACCUAAUUAAGACAUUAAUAAGAUAUAGAUAAUAUUAAAUAUAUGUACUCAAACAUUAAUCACACUAUGUUGAGAUUCGAUUCUAAAUGCAAUUCACUCGAUAUGCUAUUGAAUUAUACUAUAUUUCCAGAUUUAGAAUUUUAUUUUGUUAGUCCUGAAUUAUUUUAUGAAGAUGAAAAAUACUUUUUAAAAUCAGAUCAGUUUACAAAAAAUAUCAUGAGAAAAUGCAAAUUAAAUUAUAGAAUCACUCAUGCUAUUGAAGCAGAAAGAUGUUUACAAAAUAUUUUUGUGCCAGUUGAAGAAGUUUUGAAUUAAAUAGAAAAAAAUGGAGAAUAUACUCCUCCAGGUAUUUUUAUGUAAUUUUAUGGUUAUAUUUAUUUCAAAAUUAGACAUAAGCCUGUCAUAAUUGAAAAUUUAAUUAAAUCAAAAUAAUAUAUUUCUCUCUUUGAUCUUUAUUUUCAUUACUAAACUCCUAUCCCUUAUUAUUAUGAUACUUUAAAUGAAUUUCAAAUAUUCAAUGAUGCAGGAAAUACAUUAAGUCAUUGGGAAGGAAAUGUAUAUUUUAGUACCAAAUCAUUAGACAGAUUUUACUUAAAAGGAAAUGUUAAGAACAUUUUUAUGCAAAGACCCCAAUAAUAUAGUGAUGCAGAAUAAAUGUAUUUACUAGCAUGGGGAAAUCAUUUCGAACAUUUUCAAACAUGA